AUGAAACGUGCCUCCGACAGCUCUGUGGUUUAUAAACGAGAUAGUGACUAUAGUCUUCAACUGAACCGCUGGUUCUUGAAACCGAUAGGUGCUUGGCCGGAAUUAUCGACGCACUCCACGACCAGAAAUAUCCUGAUAAAUGUCCUGAGAAUAAUGUGUCAUUCUUUAAUAGCUUUCGCCGUGAUACCUUCUAUAUUGUAUAUAUUCUUCGAAGAGAAAGACUUCCGCUUGAAGCUCAAGGCAAUAGGGCCGACAAGCCACUGUCUCAUGGGCGGUAUUAAUUACUGCUCGCUCUUGUAUCAUAACAAUCGGAUAGGCAGAUCUAUUGAGCACAUGGAACUCGAUUGGCGUUUGGCAAACAAGGAGCACAAUCGAAAAAUGAUGUUACGAAACGCCAGAGUGGGACGUGUUAUAGCGGGCGUUUGUGCGCUAAUCAUGCAAGGUGGUGUUUUUUGCUACAAUCUGGCAAGAGGAUUGUCACCGAUAAUCAUGACUAUCGGCAACGAGACAAUAACGAUAGGUCGCUUACCGUGUCCGUCUUUCAACAAAAUCGUGGAUACUAGAUUCAGUCCGGUGUACGAGGUCGUGCUCGUGUUACAGUGCCUCUCGAUCGUUGUGGUGAAUAAUGUUACAGUCAGUGCAUGCGGUCUCGCCGCUGUUUUCACGAUGCACGCAUGCGGUCAGCUCAACGUGGUGAUACUACGCCUCGAAGAACUCGUCGAUGAAAAACGAGAAGUCCUUCAGUCCUUGAAACUGAUGGACAUCGUGGAGCGUCAUUUGCGAGCGUUGAAAUUUCUCUCACGUAUGGAGGCAAUUAUGCGUCAAAUAUGUUUCGUGGAGUUGGUCGGAAGUACAUUCAACUUGUGUAUGCUAGGAUAUUAUACCAUUACGGAAUGGCAAGAGGAAAGUAUAAAUACUAUAAUAACAUAUGUUAUGGUACUUACAGGGAUGAUGUUUAAUAUUUUCAUAUUCUGCUUCAUCGGUGAACUUGUGACAGAGCAGGUAAUUAGAACAUCUGUCACGUAUUUAAAUAUGCUUCGAGCUCUGACAAUGUAA